UACUCUAUGGGGUUCAUUUGCAGAACAAGUUUUCACUGCCUGUGAAGCUUCUGCUGGUGAGAUGGUCAUAUGUUUGGUGAGAUAUGCUAAGAUCAAGACUUACAAAGAUGUAAGGAGUAUCUCCAAUGCUUUCAAUACAUCUCAGAUCUUGAUCAAUCCAGACAUCCCUGAGAUUGUUGCCUUCAAAGAAAGUUUACCAAAAGAUGGGCUUGCUCUUACUCUUCUUGAGUCUAAACCAAAGCAGGAAAUGAUCGAGCUGCCUACAGGGGAUUUCUAUCUUCAGUUUCCUAAGAAGACCAUCAAAGAAGUCGCUGAGAUGUUUGAUACUGGGAGGGUUAAGGUGCUCUGUACAAUAUAUGAUAUUGACAGAGAUUGGUCGUGGUAUUAUAUUGCCUGUAGGAAAUGCAAUAAGAAAGUGUCUAAGGUUGUCACAACUACUCUCAAGCCACAAUUCUGGUGUGACUCUUGCCGAUCACCUGUGUGCAAUGUGGUUGCAAGGUAUGGUUCAUAAUCUACU